CGCUUCCACCAUAACAUCUGCUUGCUGAAGAAUAACCCUGUCGUCGUCCUCUAACUGAACAAUAAGCAAGAGGGGAUCCAUCCUUGAUCUCCUACACGAGCCCCCUGUCGCACACGAUGGCCUACCCAGCGACUCGAGGCGGUCCAUCCACUUCAGCCCCAGGCGACGGAUCUCGUACAAUGCUCGUAACUGACUCUCAGCCCCGCCCAGAAGGUGCUGGAACAGGCGACGAUGCGGGCGAUCAUGGAAGUGGGGACGGAACUACUGCGGGGAGGUUGAGGUUGAGAGGGGCGGCCGGGACGAGGCCGAGGGUUGCGUGGGUUGAAGAUACGGUGGAUAAUGAGGGGAUGGGUAAGAAGAAGACCAAAAUUUGUUGCAUUUACCACAAACCCAAGAAAUUCGACGAAUCUUCGGAUGAAGACUCGUCAGAUUCCGAAUCAGACUCGGAUUCGGACUCUGGACGCGCUCGCCCCUCUCAGUCACAUCGCGGACAUCAUCACCAUCAUCCACAUCGAGAAGACGGUGGUGCAAGUGGUGGAGGCACAGGUCAGCGUGCGAGAGAAGGAGGUGGAGGUGUGGUCCAUCAACUGGAGAAUUCAUCGAGUGACGAAAGGAAUGCGUAUGAGGUUAUGCCGGGUAGGCCGAAGAAGGGUAAAGGAAGGGCAGGAGAGUAAUUGACGAAUCUUCUCUCUGUCUUGAUUCAACUGAUGAUCUUCACGCAUUCUACUACGCUACGUCCAUGGUCUACUCGAACCCUAUUUCUUUGUAUAUCAUGCUUUGAUCUCUGAUACAUACCUUUGCAAUGGCUCCAUUGUCUGCCUUCGAAGUGCUGUUCUUGUCCUUGUUUGGAAGAGCCAUCUGACAGAUGUCCAACUUCUUGGCGACGCUAGUAGGACCUUGAUCUGUCCCUGCAUUCCUGCGUAGGAGUCGUGCCGACCAAGGAAAACUAGGACAUGAAAGGGGCUCGGAGGGUGCAAUAACCAAAAUAUCUAUCAGCACGCCCACGCGCAGUUCAAUCUAUCAUGUCACCUUACGGCUUGAGUUCAAUAAAAGGCGGUUGACAGACCAA